CCCGCGCCCGCUCCUACGCCGAUGCGGCGGCCGGGCCCGCGGCCAUGGCCUUCACCUUCGCCUCUCCCACGCAGGUGUUCUACAACGGUGCCAACGUGAAGCAGGUGGACGUGCCCACGCUGACCGGCUCCUUCGGCAUCCUGGCCUCCCACGUCCCCACGCUGCAGGUCCUCAAGCCGGGAGUGGUGACGGUGUACGCCGAGGACGGCACGGCCACCAAGUACUUCGUGAGCAGCGGCUCCGUCACGGUCAACGCGGAUUCCACGGUGCAGGUGCUGGCGGAGGAGGCGGUGACGAUGGACAUGCUGGAUCUGGCUACUGCGAAAUCAAACCUGGAGAAGGCUGUUUCCGAGAUGGCUGCCGCCUCUGACGAAGCUGCUAAGGCGGAAGCCCAGAUUAAAGUGGAAGCCAACGAGGCCCUUGUCAAAGCCCUGGAGUAACGGGGUUGGGAGGCUCGCUGUGCGGCGGUGCGCGCUGUGCCUGGCAGGAAUCCCACGGUCGCUGUAGAAAAACCCCAGACUGUCCUACUUGUUCUGGCUUCCCCGUUUGUACAGAUGGUGUGGGACAAAUGGAGGCGGAGGAACCGCUCUGAUCAAUUAAAAGGAAAUGCAGUCCUGU